ACUAAUUUCCAAUGCCCCAAUUUUCCCUUCCCCGAUCAGGGUUUUUCCUCUGUUUUCGCCUACCUUGUCUCCUCCGCCUCUCUUUCCUUCUUUGUUCCGGCGCCGAUCAAUGCCUCCACACGAGCUUUCCACCGACGAUCCCCACCACCGAUGUCCUUCUCAGGCUCCUCCCAUCGCCGGCCGGCGACGUGUACUUCCUCAGACGCAGACUCCCAGGACGCAACGCUCCGACGCAGACUCCCAGGGCGGCGCCGCCCUCGCAACCCAUAAACUCGGUGUCAUAGAGAAAGGACGGGAACCAGCCGAUCCAGUCGAGGGACGUCACCAUCAGGAGCACAAUCAUCAUGUGUCUCUUCGAUUCGAUUCCGUCUCCCUUUAUAUUCGCUGCUGAGGCUGUGGAAUCGACAAAGAUUGGGCCGACGACGAGAGCGGAGAUUGAAUCAGCACAAAUGGUUUGAAUAGAUGAGGCCGCUGCGGUUGCGAAAGUCGGUGGGAGAUUUUGACUGUUGCUGUAAAUCUGCUGGGAAAUCAAUCGUCUCGUUGUGGGCGGUGUUUCAGGUAACUGUCACCGUCACCGUGUCACCAUCAGCAGAGUAACGGCAGCCAUGGAUUUCGACAAAUCGUUGGACCUACGGAGAAGAACUAUCCCAAAGAAGCCGACUUUCUCUCCUACAAGGGGCGGAUGCGACGGCGGUGUUUCAGGUAAUCGUCACCGUCACCGUCAUCGUGUCCUAAAUGCAUCUUAGUUUCAGAGCAGGAGGAGAGCCGCCUUGAUCUAUGUGAAUCAUUCUGUAAGGAGAGCUGCUUGCAUAUACAUGUCUUAAUUCUUUAUUGGAGCAUCACUGGGGCUCAAUCUUGUUUGUGUUUUUGCAGGCGGUUAUGGUAGUUUACAACAUGUAUAGGCCUCAACUUUCAGCCAAAAAAAUACUUGUCAUGUAUGAUGCCUUGCAUGAUGUGGCAUCAUCCCAAUUAACACCGACUCCCAGCUGCGGUCAAGGCUACAUGAAUUCUGCUCCAUCACUCAAAUGAAGACCCUCCGCUACUGCGACUCUGGAGAACGAAUAGUUUCAAGUUGACUUGAAAGUACAUCAAAAGUCUUGGAAUGCACAUCAUAAAUCUUAUAAAACAUA